GCCGGGUGGCGGCGGCGGCAUGGCGGAGCCGAGCGGGGCCGAGACGAGGCCCCCUAUUCGGGUCACAGUCAAGACCCCCAAGGACAAGGAGGAAAUCGUGAUCUGCGAUCGCGCCUCGGUCAAGGAGUUCAAAGAGGAAAUCUCACGGAGGUUUAAGGCUCAGCAGGAUCAGCUGGUCCUGAUCUUCGCAGGCAAGAUCCUCAAGGAUGGAGACACACUGAAUCAGCACGGGAUCAAGGACGGGCUCACUGUCCAUCUGGUCAUCAAGACCCCUCAGAAGGCUCAGGAUCCAGCUGCUGCCACUGCUUCUUCCCCUUCUACUCCUGACCCUGCCUCAGCACCCUCUACCACACCUGCUUCACCUGCCACCCCUGCCCAGCCCUCCACUUCUGGCAGUGCUGCUUCAGAUGCUGGCAGUGGAAGCCGGAGGAGCAGUGGGGGGGGUCCCUCCCCAGGGGUUGGGGAGGGACCCCCCAGUGCUACUGCAUCUAUUCUCUCUGGCUUUGGGGGCAUCCUGGGGCUGGGCAGCCUGGGCCUAGGCUCUGCCAACUUCAUGGAGCUGCAGCAACAGAUGCAGAGGCAGCUGAUGUCCAACCCUGAGAUGUUGUCACAAAUCAUGGAGAACCCGUUGGUCCAGGAUAUGAUGUCUAACCCUGACCUGAUGCGCCACAUGAUCAUGGCUAACCCUCAGAUGCAGCAGCUGAUGGAAAGGAACCCUGAGAUCAGCCACAUGCUCAACAACCCUGAGCUCAUGAGGCAG